CAAAGAAAUCUCUAAAUUUGUCAAAUAGAGAUUAACCCAAAAAAAAAAACAGAACACCAUGAGCUUGAAGUCCUCAGCUAGCGUUUACAAUCAAGCUUUGCCAUAUGUGGCCAUGGUUUUAAUGCGAUUCGGCUCUGCCGGUAUGCCCAUAGUUGCCAAAUACGCUCUUAACAGAGGUAUGAGCCAACAUGUUUUAGUGGUUUACCGGUUCAUCAUUGCCACUCUUGUUCUUGCUCCUUUCGCCAUUGUUUUCGACAGGAAAGUUCGGCCGAAGAUGACCUUAUCUGUCUUUGUUCAGAUAGCUUUGUUGGGCUUAUUAGAGCCUGCUAUCGACCAGAACUUGUAUUAUACCGGCAUAAAGUACACGACAGCAACCGUGGCGACCGCCUUGUGCAAUGUUCUACCAGCCUUUGUGUUUUUGCUAGCUUGGGUUUGCAGGCUUGAGAAAGUUGAUGUGAGGAAAGUGAAGUGCCAAGCAAAGAUUUUGGGGACCAUUGGAACUGUUGCAGGAGCAAUGAUUAUGACAAUGGUUUAUGGGCCAAUGUUGCCAUUGCCAUGGACCAAAGUCAAUAAUCAUCACCAAUCUACUAACACUGAUACAAAAAACAAUGAAGAUGCUCUAAAGGGUGCUGUCAUGAUCCUUGUAGGAUGUGUUUGUUGGGCAUGUUUUGUCAUUCUUCAAGCGAUUACCCUAAAAUCAUACCCUGCUGAGCUCUCCUUAACAACAUUAGUUUGCUUUAUGGGCGCAAUUGAAGGUGGCAUUGUUGCCUUAGUAAUGGAAAGGGGCAAUGCUGCUGCUUGGGCCAUUCACUGGGAUUCUAAACUCUUUGCUGUAGUUUACAGUGGAAUUAUAUGUUCCGGGGUUGCUUAUUAUAUAGGAGCAAUGGUGAUUCAAGCAAAGGGCCCUGUUUUCUUUGCGUCAUUUAACCCUUUAACAAUGGUUAUAGUUGCCAUUAUGAGCUCCUUUAUCUUUUCUGAGAUAAUGUAUUUAGGAAGGGUAAUUGGAGCAAUGGUGAUAGUUGUAGGGCUUUACAUGGUCUUGUGGGGAAAAAGCAAAGAUCAGAUUUCGUCAGAUUCAUCGAACAACACUAAGGAUGAAAUUCCCAUUAGUGGUGAUGAACUUCAAAUGGCCACUCAAACAACAACACCCAUUUCCAAUCAAGAUUUUGUAGUUCUGGAUUUAAACAAAGGGGAUGUUUCUAAUCAGUCUUCCAAAAACAACCCCAAAUAAAAUAUCAUUAUAUAUAUCUGAUAAGCUUAUUUUAAUUGUUUGGUUUGGCCUAAUUAGCCAUUUGGUUUUAUCAAUCUAGGGUUCCAUGCUCUCUUUUUUUUUUUCUAGAUUUAGAUUUGGAUUUGUCCAUCUGUAUCAAAAUAAAGAUUAAGGAAUAAUUUUUUCUUGAAAUCCACUAAUGUAUAUUUGAUGGAUGUUUAUUUAUGAACGAUGAAAUAGACACAAAUUUAAAA